AUGAGCGGGCUGCGGCGGCUGUUCCGCGGCAGCGGCCGGGCUCUGGCCUUGGUGUUCGCCGCCUCGGUGGCCUGGCUGCUGCUCGACAUGGCCGCGCUCCGCCUCUCGCUCGGCGAGGCGGGCGGGCGGCUGCUGCGGGAGGCGGCGGGGCAGCGGCCGGGGCCGGGGCCGGGGUUGGGGUUGGGGCGGGGGUUGGGGCCGCGGUUGGAGCCGGGGUUGGGGUUGGGGCGGGCGCGGCCCCCGCACGGCCCCGAGGCUCCGGAGAAGGCAGCGGGGCAGGCGGGAGCAGCCCCCGCCGGGCACGGGGCCGGGGGCCCGGGGCCAUCGCCGCCCCCUCGCCAGCCGCCGGGCCCCGGGCGGGGCGGGACGGGCACGGCGCUCCCCGGAGCCCCCCGGAGCGAGCAGCGACCCUCGGGCACGGCGGGACGGACCGGACAGGCAGCCCGGCAUGGGGGGGCGGCAGCCCAGCCUGGACCCGAGCAAACAAACACGGGACGGAAAGAAACUUCCUCCAAGAGUCGCUUCGUCCUCAUUAGCAAGGAGGAGGAGCAGCUCCGGGAGCAGCUGGCACCGGCCACGAUGGGCAGGAGCGAGGGGGAGCAGCUCCUGGAGCAGCUGGCACCGGCCACGAUGGGCAGGAGCGAGGGGGGAGCAGCUCCUGGAGCAGCUGGCACCGGCCACGAUGGGCAGGAGCGAGGGGGAGCAGCUCCUGGAGCAGCUGGCACUGGUCAGGAUGGGCAGCAGCAGGCAGGAGCAGCUGGCACUGGCCAGGAUGGGCAGGAGAAGGCAGGAGCAGCUCCUGGAGCAGCUGGCACCGGCCACGAUGGGCAGGAGCAGGCUGGAGCAGCUGGCACUGGGCAGGAUGGGCAGGAGAAGGGAGGAGCAGUUCCUGGAGCAGCUGGCGCUGGUCAGGAUGGGCAGGAGCGAGGGGGAGCAGCUCCGGGAGCAGCUGGCACUGGCCAGGAUGGGCAGGAGCAGGCUGGAGCAGCUCCUGGAGCAGCUGGCACCGGCCACGAUGGGCAGGAGAAGGCAGGAGCAGCUCCUGGAGCAGCUGGCACUGGCCAGGAUGGGCAGGAGCAGGCUGGAGCAGCUCCUGGAGCAGCUGGCACUGGCCAGGAUGGGCAGGAGAAGGCAGGAGCAGCUCCUGGAGCAGCUGGCACUGGUCAGGAUGGGCAGGAGCAGGCUGGAACAGCUCCUGGAGCAGCUGGCACCGGCCACGAUGGGCAGGAGAAGGCAGGAGCAGCUCCUGGAGCAGCUGGCACUGGCCAGGAUGGGCAGCAGCAGGUGUGGGGCAGCCCGGGGAUGCACAGAGUUCUGUCCAUGGAUGCAACGCUCGCCCCCAGAGACCCCCGAGCUCCCGGCCAGUUUGGACACCCUGUUGCUGUCCCUGAUGAUAAACAAGAAGAAGCAAAAAGCAGAUGGAAAGAAGGAAACUUUAACGUCUACCUCAGCGAUCUGAUCCCUGUGGAUCGAGCCAUCGCAGACACCAGGCCUGCCGGGUGCUCCGAGCAGCAGGUCCACGACGACCUCCCGACCACCACCAUCAUCAUGUGCUUCGUGGACGAGGUGUGGUCCACCCUGCUGCGCUCCGUGCACAGCGUCCUCAGCCGCUCUCCCCCUCACCUGAUCCAGGAGAUCAUUCUGGUGGAUGACUCCAGCACCAAGGAGUACCUGAAGGAGCGGCUGGACGCGUACAUGUCGCGGUUCCCGAAGGUGAAGAUCCUGCGCCUCAAGGAGAGGCACGGCCUGAUCCGCGCCAGGCUGGCGGGAGCCCAGAUGGCCAAAGGCGCUGUCCUGACCUUCCUGGACUCGCACGUGGAGUGCAACGUGGGGUGGCUGGAGCCGCUGCUGGACAGGAUCCGCCUGCGCCGCACCAAGGUGGCCUGCCCCGUCAUCGAGGUCAUCAGCGACAAGGACAUGAGUUACAUGACCGUGGACAACUUCCAGCGUGGGAUUUUUACUUGGCCAAUGAAUUUUGGAUGGAGGCAGAUUCCACAGGAGGUCAUUGAGAAAAAUAAUAUCAAGGAGACCGAUAUAAUAAGGUGCCCCGUCAUGGCCGGUGGCCUGUUCUCCAUCGACAAGAAGUACUUUUUUGAGUUGGGAACGUACGACCCGGGACUGGAUGUCUGGGGAGGGGAGAAUAUGGAGCUUUCAUUCAAGGUGUGGAUGUGCGGAGGAGAGAUCGAGAUAGUUCCGUGCUCCAGAGUCGGGCAUAUUUUCAGGAAUGACAAUCCCUAUUCCUUCCCAAAAGACCGUGUGAGGACGGUGGAGAGGAACCUGGCCCGCGUGGCAGAGGUGUGGCUGGACGAGUACAAGGAGCUGUUCUACGGGCACGCGUACCACCUGCUCCGGAGCGACCUGCACGUCGGAGACCUGCGCCAGCAAAUCCAGCUGCGGAAGAAGCUCCGGUGCAAAAGCUUCCGGUGGUACCUGGAGAACGUCUACCCCGACCUGGAGGCUCCCCUGGUUAAAGCCAGCGGGCUGCUCGUGAACGCGGCCCUGGCAGGGUGCAUCGCUGUGGCAGGCACCACCCUGGCUUUCGAGGAGUGUGAUGUUAACAACGCGAACCAGAAGUUCAACUACACCUGGCUGCGGCUGAUCCAGCACGGGGAGCUCUGCCUCGCCCCCUCGGGCGUCCUGGGAGCCGUGGGCCUGCGCCGCUGCCAGCGCAGGAGCCGCAGCCUGGCCUGGCUGCACAGGGCGCUGGCCACCGUCCGGCCGGGGCUGGCUGACCACAUCAUCUCAGAGCACCAGCACCUCCCGCAGCCGGCGUGCCUGGAAGUGGACCCCACGUACAAAGCCCUGAGGGUGAGGGGCUGUGACUCCACCAACCCUCACCAGAAGUGGCACUUUGGCAGCUACCACGCGGACUGAGGGCGGCCCAGCUGCACCAGGAGCGCCGGGGUGUCACUGUGGGCUCAGCCAGGACGUCGGCGUGGCUGACGGCAGCUACCAAAGGGGAAGUGCAUUUCCAAAUGAGAACUGAAAGACGUGAUUUGAUACCAGCACAUCGAGGGAUGCAGCAGCACGUCUGGCGUGACAGUGCCUGAAGAAAUCGGCAUCCUUUUCCCUUGCCGUAGGGGUCUCUGGGAAAAACUCCUUUUCUCUAUUAUUAAAAGGAAAUAUUUUUUGAAGUCCCCGUCGUACUGUAAGCAAACAUCCCUCAGGUCCCCCCGACAGCAGCACAACUUACAGAAAUACUUCCAGGGCCCUGUAAGUCUGUAAGCAGCAAACUGGGCUGCUAAUUCCUCCAGUUGUUGACCAACGCAUCAAAAAAAUCCAGCACCGUGUCCACACUGGAUCUGGCUGCAGGAUCCCUGCCUGUGGGAGCUGUUGUGAGACAGGUGAGGACCAGGGUUCUGUGAGGAGACAGCUGCACAUCAGUAAAGCCCACAUUUUAUAGAGGCAGGUGGAUGGGGGUGAGGCCUGGAGCAGUCCUGCCCCGUGCAGGGACAGCCAGGACACGGGUGCCUGGCUUUCUUUGGUGGGACAGGAGCUGCUGGAGCAGGGAACCUGAGGUUUAUCCUGCUUCUUGCCAGGGGCACGCUCCAGGGGCCAAGGUGGAAGCUCCUCACCCCAGGGCAGCCAGGUUGUCCCACCCUGGGGCUGCCAGGACCCCAGCCAUGUCCCCGAGCCCCUGUGGCUCUCCAGGGGCUCUGCAGGAGCUCUGCUGCUCCCCCAGCCCAGGCUGCACGGCACAGCCCUGCUCUGCACACCCUGGACCCGCCGUCACGGGCAAGUGCUCUC